AUGACCAAGGAUGUCAUCAGGAUUAUUUCAUCAGAUCUGCAAGAUCCACAGGAUUGUGCCCUGCUACGGGUGUUCUGGGCAGUUAACCCACUGACUCAAAGCCAGUUUGCUGCUGAGCUCUUGCUAUGGAGGAGGCCUCGCGGGGAAGUGAACCAGCACCUGCGCGCCGGUGGGGGCCUCCGCAGAGCCCCUAGAAACCCUCGGUCGUACGGGAAACAAAAGCCGCGCAGCCGGUUAAAUUCCAAUUUUUUUUUUCUUCAGGCUGAAGACCAUGUAGCUUCAGAACCAAGGAUUAAAAAACUGGAACCAGUACUUCUACCAGGUGAAAUUGUGGUAAAUGAAGUAAAUUUUGUAAGAAAAUGCAUCGCAACAGAUACAAGUCAAUAUGACCUGUGGGGCAAGUUGGUUUGUACUAACUUCAAGAUUUCCUUUAUUACGGAUGACCCAAUGCCACUACAGAAAUUCCAUUAUAAAAACCUCCUCCUUGGUGAACAUGAUGUCCCACUAACAUGCAUUGAGCAGAUUGUCACAGUGAAUGACACCAAGAGGAAGCAGAAGGUCCUUGGUCCCAACCAAAAGCUUAAAUUUAAUCCAACUGAAUUAAUAAUUUAUUGCAAAGACUUCCGUAUUGUCAGAUUUCGUUUUGAUGAAGCGGGUCCUGAAAGUGCAAAAAAGGUGUGCCUUGCAAUAGCUCAUUAUUCUCAGCCAACAGAUCUUCAGCUUCUCUUUGCAUUUGAGUAUGUUGGGGAAAUAUAUCAUAAUCCAGCAAAGAAGGUGAAUGGAAUAGACCCAGGAGGUGGCAGUGGUGGCAGCAUCAGCAGUGCCAGUGGUCAGCAGACACCUUUGUUUGAAACUUACUCUGAUUGGGAUAGAGAAAUCAAAAGGACAGGUGCAUCAGAGUGGAGAGUUUGUUCAGUCAAUGAAGGUUAUAUGAUAUCUACUUGCCUUCCAGAAUAUUUUGUGGUUCCAUCUUCCUUAGCAGAUCAAGACCUUAAGCUGUACUCCUACUCUUUUAUUGGGAGACGAAUGCCAUUAUGGUCCUGGAAUCACCCUAAUGGGAGUGCCCUUGUAAGAAUGGCCAACAUUAAAGAUGUGUUGCAACAAAGAAGAAUUGAUCAAAGGAUUUGUAAUGCCAUAACUCGAAGCCAUCCCCUGAGAAGCGACGUUUACAAAUCUGAUCUGGACAAGUGUCUCCCCAACAUCCAGGAAAUCCAGGCUGCACAUAUCAAACUCAAACAGCUGUGUGUUAAUGAGCCUUUUGAAGAAACUGAAGAGAAGUGGCUGUCCUCACUGGAAACUACGCACUGGUUAGAGUAUAUUAGAUUGUUUCUUAAGCAUUCUGCUGAGCUUGUGUAUAUGAUGGAGUGUAAGCAUGUUUCUGUAGUCCUGCAAGAGGAAGAGGGACGGGACCUGAGCUGUCUUGUUGCUUCUCUCAUUCAAGUCAUGCUGGAUCCGUAUUUUCGAACAAUUGUUGGAUUUCAAAGCUUAAUACAGAAGGAAUGGGUCAUGGCGGGAUAUCAGUUUUUAGAUAGGUGUAACCACUUAAAGAGAUCUGAUAAAGAGUCUCCUUUGUUCUUGAUGUUUCUUGACUGUGUUUGGCAGCUGCUAGAACAAUACCCAGCAGCCUUCGAGUUUUCUGAAAUGUACUUGACCAUACUGUACGACAGUGCACGUAUCUCAUUGUUUGGCACCUUCCUUUUUAAUUGUCCUCAUCAGCGAGUAAAGGAAAGCACUGAAUUUGCCAUAAGCAAAAACAUUCAGCUGGGUGAUGAGAAAGGCCUGAAAUUUCCUUGUGUUUGGGACUGGUCUCUUCAGUUUACAAGCAGGGAUCGCCUGCUCUUUCACAACCCUUUGUAUAUUGGAAAAAAGAGUGCACCGUGCGUACAAAAUGGAGCAGUGAAAACUUUUAAACGCUCAAAGAAAAACUACAGCUCCACAUUGCGAGGUGUCCCCCCAGCAUUAAAAAACGGAAUCAUCAGUGAGCAAGAGUUCCUUCCAAGAAGAAACUCUCUGAUACUAAAACUGAAACCGGACUUUUUACAGCAAACAGAGAGUCAGAGUAACAGUAUGGAACAGUACUUCAGAGACUGGUUCGCAAAGCCUGUUGAUUUGCACGGCGUAAUUCUACCCCGCAUCUCCGGAACACAAAUAAAACUGUGGAAGCUGUGCUACUUCCGCUGGGUUCCUGAAGCCCAGAUUAAUCAUGGUGGCUUCAUCACUGCUUUCCAUAAAGUUUCUUUGCUGGCAGAUGAAGUAGACAUGUUAAACCGGAAUCUUCGGCAGUACAAAAGCAGCUCUUCUUUGCAAGGCAACUGCUUGGAACUGGAUCAGAGCAGGAUGUACUUCAGAGCAAACAGUUUAAAUGACACCUCCGGGGCCCCAGACUUUCUCUCCUCCUCAUUCCCAUUUUCUCCUGUAGGGAACCUGUGCAGACGGAGCAUUCUGGGAACACCUUUAAGCAAAUUUUUAAGUGGUGCCAAAAUCUGGCUAUCCACUGAGACGCUUGCGAACGAAGACUAAGGUGAUGUGAUGGUUUAAAGGUUUGGGGAGAGUACAGCAUAUUGUUUUGUCUUUUCUAAGUUAACACUGCUAAAUGCGGCAUCGAAAGCUGUAAUAAUUUUUAUAUACAAACAUUACCUAAGUUUUGCACAAAUAUUUAAAAGCAAAGCGAGUCAUGCUUCAGAUCGCACAAUUUUGUCUCCAGUAGUUCUCACCUGCCAGGGCUUCUGGUCCCUGAUUCAUUCUGUGUUUUAGUGGUUUCGCUCAUUAUAUGUGAUGGAGCGUUUCGUUAGCUAAUUGAAAGGCUCGGUGUGGUCAUUAAGGAGGGUUCUGCUUCAAACACCUUUUUUCCCAGAUAGUGACUGAAGUGACUCUUGUGUCAAAUCAGUUUGGCAAAUCAGAGUAGUUAUGCACAGUGGACAGAGGCCGACAGCUGACAUCUGGGAACAAAAUUCUAUCAGAUCGCCUCUCCAGGACGAAUACUUACAUACAUACAUAGAUACUUACAUACAUACAUACAUACAUGCCAUGUUCUGUGACUUGAUCGACCUAUGCGUGUGUUAAUGCAGUUUGUACCCAUAGGGGGGCGUUGUUCCCUUUGCUUUCUCUCCCCAGAUGCAUUCAUUAACAAUUCAUCAAUUUGUGCUCUUUGGCAUGAGCUUGACUUUAGACUAUAGGAAUCAACUUCAGGACAAUGCACUGUUAACCUUAAAACAUUUACUGUAGAUAUGGUAUUGUAGCUUUAGAAGUGCCUUUAAUUGGGAGGAAACAGUAGCAAGAUUACUCUAAUGCAGCUGACUCCCCCCCAGCUUUUUACAAUAGAUUGGUGUGGUAAGUUCUUGU